CUUAGAGUAGAUUCAGUGCAGAGACAUUUGGACAAGUGAAGAACAUUUAAAAUGCAGCUUGCAACUGUUUUGUUUUUGGCGGCAUCUUUCGUGAAAUUUGCCUCAGGGGCAGAUUGGUGCUACCAGUCUCAAGUUGCAUGUAAUCACACCUGCACAGGUCCAGACACAUGGGGAGUGGUUUCUCAGCAAUGCAAUGGUGGAGCUCAAUCUCCCAUUAACAUUGUUACGCGGAAGUUACUGCUGGAUGAACGCCUCAGUCCCAUUCAACUCACUGGUUAUCAAGAGGUUUUUAAUGGCCACCUCAUUAACAACGGUCACAGUGUUCAGCUGGAUUUACCCUCCAGUCUAAAGAUAAGUGGUGGAAAUCUGGCUACAAAGUACAAGGCAGUUCAACUUCACCUGCACUGGGGCAGAGACGGAGGUUCGGGUUCUGAACACUUGAUUGAUGGAGAGCAAUUCCCAAUGGAGAUGCACAUUGUUCACAUAAAAGAAGAACACAACUCAUUAUCUCAGGCUGUGAAAGAUCGUGCAGGUGUGGCUGUUCUUGGAUUUUUCUUUCAGGAGUCAGGCUCCUCAAAUAAGAAAUUUGAUUCCAUUAUAAACGCCCUGAACUUCACCACACAACCCACCAACAGCACCACAGUGAGCGGCAUUUCCCUUAACAUGUUCAUUCCUCCGUCCGACAACAUGACCAAGUACUUCCGCUACGACGGCUCGCUCACUACGCCAAACUGUGAUGAGGCUGUUGUCUGGAGUGUCUUUGAAAACACAAUUCCCCUCAGCAGGAAGCAGCUCGCUGCAUUUUCCCAGCUCGAGUUUUCCGACGGAAAGCAAAUGGUCGGAACCUUCAGACCAGUGCAGCCACUGAAUGGGAGGCAGGUAUUUUACUCCAGUGGCCAUGUUGCUCCAGUUAGUGCCGUGUUACUCUUCCUGGCUGCGCUUGUGUCCGGCACACUGCACACGACAACACUGAUGUAACAAACGGUGUAUUUAAAAGUAAAUUAUUGUAUGUCUAUACACACUGUUGUAAUGAGAACAAGAAUAAGAAUAACAAACUGGGACUGCACACAGUCAUGAAAGGGCCCUUGCGUGUCCCACACAAGUCGGGGAGUGCAGCAGUUCACUCAACAGUCUUCGCUUUUAUUCAUUAUUGGGUCAAAUUUGUGUCCGUUGACAUGUUCACGGUCGGUCUCAUGUGUCAGGUCUAAAGUGUCGAGGCGAUCGGUUAAUGUAUGCCAAAGUUAUGGGGAACUUCCUGUUUCAUGGCGAGCGGUCAAAAUUCACCAAAACGCCAAUGGUUGCCGUGGCCACACCCUUUUGAAUACGCAAAACCUUUUGACAACAUUUUGCCUUUGAUGUGUCUAGUACAAAUUGUUGUUUUUUUAUGUACGGUACGACAAACGUGCUCAGAGGAGUUUGCUCAUUUAUGUAGGGGUGCAAAGCUCCAAAAUGGCCGGCUCCUGUUGAGUUGAGGCCAUGGUUCCAAUAGACUUUUUUGUUUGUCUUGGGCUAUUACAUUUUCCCAUCAAGUUGCUUUAGAGCUCUUGAGCAAUGCAUGGGUUCGGGCCAAUUAUUGCAUUUUCACCAGACCUGACCUCCGUGCAAAGUAUCAAGAGUUUUUAUGCACGUUAACCCCCUCAAAAAUUACUGCAAAGCCACGGUUCCUCGCACAAAUUUGUGCCAGGUGCUGCUUUGGCUCCUGCCAUUCGUGCUCGGGCCCUAAUAAAAAUAAGAAUAGGAAAGAAAAAAAAACAGGAUACAAAAUCAAGACAGUAUGAAGGCAAAGUUACAAAAUUCAGAGGGCCAUGAAAAGUCAAAAAUAAAACAAAUAGGAAGAAAAAUAAGAGCUACUGCGUUGGAGAAAGUUUAGUGCAUUCAAAAGUUUGUGUCACUGAAACAGAAUCAUCUACUCAUCAGGAAAAGUAUAUCUGUGUGUCAUCUGCAUAGCAAUUAAAGUAAUUAAAAUUGUGCAGCUGGCAUAUACAGUAAUUCCAUAUAAAUGAAAAAAAAAUUUGGCCCUAAUAUUGACCCUCGGGGUACACCACAGGUAAUUUGGGUUGCAGGAGACACAUCAUUACCUACACGUAAUUAGACAUAAUUAUGACACACAAAGGAUGAAAGUUGAGUAGAAACCGACUUGAAUAUUAUUAAGAACAUUUGAAUAAAGGGUAUGUUUCUUAAAGAGGUUGAAUCACAGUUUGUUAAACAAUGGACAGAAAAGUACCGUUUUAUUGAGAACUACAAAUACUGUUUUGUUAACAUUUUUGAUCAAUUCAUUUGGGAAUAAAGGCAAAAUGUCAUUAAGAUUUUCCUCCUUUUUUAUGGUAUAUAUCAAAAAUGAAAGUGUAUAUUUCAAAUGUAGAUAUGCAACAACCUUACUCCACUACACUGAUCUUAGUAAUUUUUAUUUCUGUACAAUCACUUUUGUUUCCGGUUAUAAAAGUGGAUGAGCCAGUAUAAUUUACAGGUGGCAAUGGCUCGUAUCUUUGUACUGUGACUUACUUUGAUAUGUUAUCAGGUUACAUUUGCAUGUGAUUCUAAAGUGUUUCCUCUUUCAUCUUUUUAACUGUAAUGAAAAGUUGGUUCUGUUUGUGUACAUGGAGUGCGUACCAGUACUAGAAUUCUAAUAAAAGAAAACAUUCAACUUUAAAAUGUGAAACUGUUAGUUUUAUGUGAAUUUUUUUCCCCAAAAAAACAUUUUACCUGGCUUGUUGUGAGUCAUAUUCACAAACAUCCACCAUGUGGCAGCACUGAGCAUAACUGAAUAAGGCAGCAGUUGGAACAUUGUUCUCCCACGUCUCAUCAAAAGAGUGUGAUGUCCUGAGACUUUCAAUAUUUAUUUGAGUCACGGGGGGGGGGUUUCCUCUCUCUUCCUGUGUGGCUCACCUCAAAGACACGAAUGUUCAUCAUACUACUGAAACGAGUAAAAGAGAAUAAUGUCUUUAUGUGGUGUGCAUUGUACAUUAAAAAAAUGUGAUUCAGUCAA